GCUGUGCCCAGGGAGGUUGUGAUGGGUUGACAGGUGCGUGACAAUCGGAGCUCUCUGCAAGCAUGUACGCCAAAGGCAAGAGUAGCAACGUGCCGUCCGACAGCCAAGCCAGAGAAAAGUUAGCUCUGUAUGUUUACGAGUACCUGCUGCAUGUAGGAGCACAGAAGUCAGCACAGACCUUUCUCUCAGAGAUCCGAUGGGAGAAGAACAUCACAUUAGGAGAACCUCCGGGGUUCCUCCACUCAUGGUGGUGUGUUUUCUGGGACCUGUACUGUGCAGCUCCAGAGAGAAGAGACACAUGUGAACACUCCAGUGAGGCCAAGGCCUUUCAUGACUAUAGUGCUGCAGCAGCCCCCAGUCCAGUCCUUGGAAACCUUCCCCCAGGAGAGGGCAUGCCAGUGGGACCAGUCCCUCCAGGAUUCUUUCAGCCAUUUAUGUCACCUCGAUACCCCGGAGGACCCAGACCACCCCUCAGAUUACCCAACCAGGGACUUGGAGGAGUCCCAGGUAGCCAGCCUAUGUUACCAAGUGGAAUGGACCCCACAAGACAGCAAGGACAUCCAAAUAUGGGAGGACCGAUGCAGCGGAUGACUCCACCCAGAGGCAUGGUACCGCUGGGGCCCCAGAACUACGGAGGUGGAAUGAGACCACCACUGAAUGCCCUGGUUGGUCCUGGGAUGCCUGGCAUGAACAUGGGACCUGGUGGGGGUAGACCCUGGCCAAAUCCUCCAAACUCCAAUUCGACCCCUUACUCUUCUGCAUCUCCAGGAAGUUAUGUGGGACCUCCAGGAGGUGGAGGGCCACCUGGGACCCCAAUAAUGCCAAGUCCAGCAGAUUCAACCAACUCCGGCGACAACAUGUACACGAUGAUAAACACAGUCCCUCCAGGUGGAAGCCGACCAAAUUUCCCUAUGGGUGCGGGCGGCGAUGGUCCAUUAGGGGGAAUGGCUGGAAUGGAGCCCCAUCACAUGAAUGGAUCAUUAGGAUCAGGUGAUAUGGACAGUCUCCCUAAGAACUCUCCUGGUAACCUCAGUAUGAGUAACCAGCCGGGAACCCCCAGGGAGGAUGGAGAGAUGGGAGGAAACUUCCUUAACCCUUUUCAGAAUGAAAGUUAUUCUCCAAACAUGACGAUGAGCGUGUGAAGGCUUGGGAAGCGGGUUGGUCAGUCGCUCAGUAAACUGGUGUGGAUUGGUGAAAAAGCAGAGAGACUGGGUGUGAUGUCAUCUAGGCCAGUGACUUCCUCCACCACCACCUACCUAGUCAGGACAGUUGCCCCAGGGUCUGUCCUUCUACUACCCCCCCUCCAGCCCCACCUCCCCUCUCCCACCCCUCCAUGGUUUCUGUCCACGUCUCUUCUCUCCUGUUUCUUCUCCCGUUCUAAGUGGUGACUCUGCUACAUUCAUCAGUUCUUCCUCUGCAACUAUGAGACUGUACAAAGGAACCAAAUUGAAAAAACCUGGAGGAGAACUCUUUGUAUAUUUGCAUACGGUGUGUAUGAGACUGUGCACACACUGCAGUCACAGACAGAUGUUUCUGCCUUUUGCAUCAUGUCACGGAGUUCUUGCCCAAAUACAAAAGGCCAGUAUCCUAUUUAUCCUAAAGUUUAAAUUUCCAAGAAUUUAAAGAGAUAUAGACACUUUUUGAUUGAUGGUAAAAAAAUUUUAUCCAGCUGAUUGUCACAUGGAACAUCUUUUGUCUUUACCUGACAAAUUACUUUGUCCAUUAGUGGAAGAGAAUUUGAGAGACAUCAUAAUCAUAUUACCAUGAGGUUUUAAUUGAAGCUUCUGCAAAUAUUUGUAAAGUCUUUUCAACUCUUGUUGUUGUCUAAAUCUUUAUGACCACUUACAUUGUGUUUUAUGUUUUAUACUAUGGGUCUAAGAAGUUUUUUUUUAAAUUUCCAUCACAAACUCAGUCAGAAAUGUGGAAAAUGUAAAAUCUCUCACUCUGCCUCACCUCUAUUACAUUUGCAAGGCCUGAAGAGGCGUAUGAAGUGCAGAUCAAAAUCAGUUCUUUGUUCAGACUUUAAUAAUAAUUUAAAGAAAGGCUUCAGCACGUUGAAUGGUUAUUAGGAAAAAAGAGCUUUGUUAAAGGCUUAAAGUGACACUAUGUAACUUUUGAACAGUAGCCACUAUUGCCACAAGUGACAAUUACAGGAUAAUGAUAAAUGAUAAUGAUAAUGCUUAAGCAUAGUGAAACCAGAAAAGGAAGUCUGUGAAGUGGCUUGGUAAUGUCCAUUAUAGAGCAGAUAAAGUUUGUUACACUAGCUAACAUUUAGCAACCAAAAGUUACUGGUCAUACCAGACCAAGUUAGGCUGUAGACACAAAAACCCUGAGUGUAUUGAAUUGAGCAAUGGUGUAUUUUAUUAUUUAUGAAUUCAACUUUCCAUUUGUAAGCCAAAGAAUUUGUUGUUUCUUCUUUCAAAAGUUACAUAGUCUCCCUUUAAGUCAAAUGAGAUCAGUCCUUAACUGUAAUUUAAUUGGGGAUAGCAGUGAGGAUAACACUGGGGAAGAUUGUUUGCACAAAGGUUAAUACCUAAUAGCACUGGACAGACUGAAAGUCUCCCAUUUUUUUUUUUUUUUUACGAGUAAGUGAUUCCUCUGCAUUCAGCAGGCCUUUGUUGCAAUUCAGACUGUAGUGGUAAACCAAGAGUCCAUUGAAAGAUUUUACAUUCUGUUGACUGCCCAACCACAGGACAAAGUUUAAGUCGGGGACAGCAAAACGUAAUUGAUUUUUCUUAUGUAAAGAUUUUUUCUAACAAGGGGGGAAACCUGUGGUCAUAUCGUGUGGUCAUAUCGUUUGUUGUUUUUGUUUGCUGAGGCUUCUCUCAACUCUAGUUCUUUAAACCUUGAUGCAAAUGAUUUAUCAGGUUACGUCAGUGUGAUAUGAAAGGUUGGUUGGUACAGAAAGCUAAGAUAAGCUUGUUUUUAAUCAAUGUUUUCAACUUUUUUCACUGCCCAAGAUGUAUUAUCAUCAUGUAUAAAAGAUCAACAUGCCUGUGAACAUUCUCCUUUCCCCUCCCUUACUGCAAAGUGUACAGCUCACAAAUGUAGCUCCUCUGUCUUGUAUGUGUAUUUGAUAUUAUUGUUAUUAUUUAAAGAAAAAUCUGGAAUUAUCGCAAAAGGGAGCGAUGGACUGAUGACGCACCAUCACAACUGAACAGAGAUUUUUAUUUUGUGUUUUUUUUGUUAGAUUGAAGCCAUGAGUGGGAGUACAAGAAGAUGCAUUUGUACAUCGGAUCAUGUUUUCUGUUUUGUGGCAGUAUGUGGGACUCCAUUUGUGAUGUGUUAAUUUUCUCUUUUUUAUUCUUGUAUUAUGUUUUUGUAAAUACAGAGAAGUAUUUCAUGAGUUUUGAAUAUGCUGGUAUAAAGCUUC